AUGUAUCCAAGCAUCCGAACUCCGAGAAAGGGCGGCCUGUACUGCGAGGUGAUAUUCUUGGUCUUGGCCGCUGUCAGACGCUUGCGUUGCUCUGGUGCUGCAAGGAGAGCCGUGCAGACACGGCCGAAAAAGCCGGCGACAGUCAGGCUGACGGCCGCUGAGAAUCAUGAAAUUCAGGUGCGGGUUUAUGUUGCCUCUGAGUCAGCCCCACGGAACUGUGACGACGAAGAGGAGGUGAGUGUGUCACUUGUCGUGGAUGCCCGUUGCGCGGGCGCGGUGCUUCUGCAACGUGCCUGCUCCGCUCUCCAGGAGGAGGUGGCGUGCUUGUGGCUGCCCGACGGGGCUGAAUUGGACGUGCAUCGACCUCUUCGUGUCCAGGGACUCAAAGGAGGCGAGGUUUUAGUCGCAUGGCUGCCACGCAGCCGCGCGCAGAAAGUCUCCAGUCGGCCUGUCAAGGCCAUUAGCGAAAUCACCUAUGAGGUGUAUCACAGCGAAGUCAAGGCGUUCUUGCACCGCUUCCAUCUCUUCGUGCACGAUGCAGAGGCCGUCGCCGAAGCAACAGAGCCGACAGUUGAGGCCACCUUCGAGAACUACGGGUUCAGCCUCCGGAUCCACGGCAAGAGUGCAGACUUCCUUCUCCGGCGACGUGUAGGACCUCGGGUCGCUGCAUUGCCGGUUCCCUUCAAGGUCUGCCCUGAAAGAUGCAGCGUGAAGAUCAUUCCUGGAAAGAGGGUGGAACUGGUAAUGAGGCCCUUCCCCACUAUGUGGCUGAAUUCCGGGCAGCGAGUCCGGUUGAAGUCGUUGCAGGCGACUGCAUCGCUCAAUGGGCGCUGGGGAACCGUCGAUGGAUUCGCAGAGCCGUCGGAGCUCCUGGGGCGGGGUGAGAGCAACCAGAGACCUUUGAGCACCAUUCUCCAACGAUAG